GCAGCGGCACAUAUUCCUGCUAAAGACCGACAGUUCCAAUUUCUCUGAGCAUGUACCGUGCGAAGCUCCUAAUAAUUGUAGCGCUCUUUGUGGGCACAGUUGAAUCUGGACCUGCUACCUUUGAAGACCUUAUUGAUCUCAUCAAUACCACAUCGAGCAUAUACGUGUACGCAAGUACUUAUGCGACAUAUAUGUACGACAACCCUGUGACGUGUAUGUUUUACAGGAAGAAAGAUCUCAGUGAUACGCACUUCGAAUUUCGGCUUCGUUACAGAGCUGACUGGCGAACAUUUGACUAUUCUGUUCACGCGAAACUGGGGGACGAUCCUGAAGUAGGUGGCCCCUACAUGGAACCGAAUUUUUGGCCAGAUGAUGCAAAUUUUACUACUAGACAAAAAGAAAAUAGCGUUUCCGGGGGUAUAGAAGAAUCGGAGCCUGCCAGAAAGACGUUGGUCGCCUACAUCCGUGAACAGCAUUGCGGUGUGUUUACGUUGCCGCGAAAAGGAAAAAAUCACUGCGAGCUUCACCUGUGGGAAGAGGCCAUUAUUAAAGAUGGCCUAUAUCAUCACGUCGACUUUACUUGCCUGAAGUACUUCCAGGCACGGUGCGGGUAUCGCUGGCCAACGGUGAUCACUUACACCCUCACUUGCCACAACUCAGAAAAGUGACGCCCUAAAUUGUUUUUUUUACGGGCGAUGCUUUUUUGCAGAUGAGUUGAGGGUAUUCGACAUCUUAUAUGCAUCUUCUUUUCGCUAGACUGCAAGUUUUGUGCUUUUAACCAUAUGUACAAAACGUUUGAGUAAUAAAGUUUUGAGGCACUUGCCAAUAAA